UCGUAGUUUGUGUGAAGAAAAAUGAGCUCUAGCGAUGUAACAUGCGAGAGAUCAUUAGGAGGAGGCAGACGCAAACGAAAGAGCUCUAAAACGUCGACGGUCGAGCCAGACGACGCAGAAGACUCGGAAGGACGAGAUCCCUCGGAUGGUGAUGGAACAGAAAAGCAAAGAGAGACUCACAAUCAAAUCGAGAAGCGAAGACGAGAGAAGAUGAACACGUAUAUCAACGAGUUGUCGGCAUUGGUUCCUGAGUGUGUGCAGACAAACAAGAGAAUGGAUAAACUGACAGUUUUGAAGUUGGCUGUUCGGCAUCUGAGAGAGCUGAGAGGUAAUCCAUUAGAUGAUGAGCAGCUGCAAGUCAAGCCACAAUUCUUGGCUGAUGACGAGUUGAAGUAUCUGAUAUUAGAGGCGGCGGACGGGUUUCUGUUUGUUGUCGGGUGUGAGCAUGGCAAGUUGAUUUACGUGUCAGAUUCUAUUAGUCCAAUUCUGAAGCAAUCAGAGCAUGAUUGGAUGGGCAAAGAAAUCUAUGAAGUCAUCCAUCCUCGUGACGUCGGAAGAGUGAAAGACCAACUGGUCGUCAACAACGUUUCCUCCACCUCAGAAGCAAGCGACUCCAAAAGUCAGUCACAUUUGGCUACCGGCAGUCGUCGUUCGUUUUUCUGUCGUAUGAGAUGUGGUGCGAGUGUGAGCAAUCGGAUUGAAGAGCAGGAUUGUGAUGUGGUAUCAGCGUCUGCUGCCGAACAAGUUUACUAUGUUGUUGUUCAUGUGACUGGGCUAGCGGACUGGUACAGAGGACACGCCAGCAGCACUUUUAACCACAGCAGCACUAUCACCAGCAACACCACCACAACCCCCAUCAUCAUCAUCACCCACAGCAACAGCAUCAGCCGAACGUACGACGAGUGACCACCGGUCAGAUGGUAAUGGGCGGCAGCAUCCAGUUUGGCAACCCGGCACAGGGACAGAUGCCCAAACCGAUCCACGUGACUACGUACGGCUCACACGCUCAACAAGUGGCUCCCACGCUGCGAGUUCAGUUGGCAAGAUAUUGGUGAAUGUGUGGGCGCAUUCUUUAGAAAAGUGAAUGCGGAAGUUGUCAGGCUCAGCGUGAGACAGAAUUCUUGCGUCUGAAGAGAACGCGAAUAAGUGGAGAUGACUUUGAAAGUAUAAAAGUUAUUGGGCGAGGAGCUUUUGGAAAGGCAAUUUGCAUAUGUAACGUGCACUAGAAGUGUGUGUGUGUGUGUGUGUGUGUGUGUGUGUGUGUGUGUGUGUGUGUGUGUCGGAGUAUUGGGUUUAUUCCCAGAAGCAGCACCAUCUGCUACCGAGCGCGUCCACCGGUUGCAGAUUGUUGAACAACUCUUAGAUAUAAGGGUUAGCUUGAAAUAAGCAGGCCUUGCCUCACGAAUAAGCAGUCGCGGACAAUCUGGUGGCAGUGUUAUCAGAGAGUGAUGAGAUAACAGGUGGCAGUGUUGUCUCUAUAAAUUUUAAUGUCACAGAUUCUCUAUGACAACACUUGGCAUGGCAGUGCAGCCGUCAUAAAUAGGCUGUUGCUACGAAGUCUGAUUAGCAAUUCAGCACAGUAUCUGUAAGCAGCUGUGGUCACUUUGGCUCUAAAGAGCAGUUUACUAAUUUGGGGUUUUAGUUUUCUGGUCAGCUUACUGAGUCCAUACGUGCUGUUUGGGAUGUUCUAGUCUUACACCUGUCCACAUAUAACACGUACUGGAAGAGAGAGUGGAAUCAGUUCUGCACACGCUCAUUUCACUAUAAUCCAUUCUAUUGUGCAAGUUCUUUCAUGGUGACUUGUUUUGUGUGUGUGUGUGUGUGUGUGUGUGUGUGUGUG